GCCUAGUUCUGCCGCCGUUCACAUCAGCCCCAACCUCGAUCAGCGCCUCGAGCACCGCCCGCUGCACCUCGCGAGAUGGCCAGAGGGAGGUCGAGCCGCCUGUCGUCAUGCAGCUCCUUCCUGUCAGCAAACAACACAGGAAUGGAGCUGUCGGCCGCGUCAAUGGCCACCGACAGCAAGCUGAUGGGCCCCUUCCGUAGACGAAGUGGAUGGUCGGUGGCCAGACUGAUGGCCAUCUCGGCAUCAGCUCCUUUCUCGCGGCACAGUCUUUGAAUUUCAGACUCUGCGUCGGGCGAGCGACACAGAAUGACGGAAGCCAGCUGCCGGUUGGCGGGGGUGUCGAUGAUCGGGCCGAGAGAGAAGUCUUGCGGACUGAGUUGGUCGUCUAGCUGCCGCCCGUAGGAGGGCUCCUGGUCAGUCUAAAUGGAUCAAGCACAAGCACACAGGAGACCACAUGGACGUCACAGCGAAAGGCUGCCUUUCCGUCUCAUUCACCUGGCUGGACGAGGGCAUGUCAUCCACUGGCGGCCAAGAAUAGGCAGCCGCCGGCCGGCGCCUCCCAGACGAGCCAGACAACGACUUCAUCUGCACACCAGACUGAAUUCCUUGCGUGUCCUUCGCCUUUCGGCACCGCUGCUGUCCGUUCGUGCGCUCACUGACCUGAAUGAGCCGAAUGCACGGCUUGGACGCCCUCGAGGCACUGCUUGACAGACACCCAGCAGCACCACAGGCGGCACGUGUGUGUGUCAAAGCAUCAAAGAGAUUGAUCUCCCGUUGUGCCUCACACACCUUGUCUGUCGGUCACCCCCUUCCCCUGAGUCACCCCUUGGCCACCCUGUGAGAAGAGAAGCACUCACUCACUCUCAAUCAAAGCGAUGAUCUGCGACCGAACCUGACACAACACAAUUAAGCACACAGAAGCAGCUAGCGUGUAAGUACCGUGCCCCGGCAUGGUGCGGAAGUACCGUACCCAAUCAGGGUAGUUCUUCUCAUCUUCGGAGAAGGUUGGUACGUCGCUGGUGCUGAGCUUGACGUAGUCGCUCCCGGUGGUCGUAGAUCUCGUGGUGGAGCUUGGUCAGGAGGCGAGGGGAGUCGACGGGAGUCGAGCGGCGAGUGUGGGGGUCUAAGGGGUGACCGAGGGAGGCCGAAUGGACGACGGGGUGACGAAGAUCUGGGCAGAUCUUUGGCUCAGCAGCGACAGCCAGAACGACUUGCUGCGCCCAUGUCGGAAGAUGAGCUCGAGUGGCUGUGGAGGAUCGCUGUCGUUGCCCGUGAAGGCAACAGAUGAGCCAGAGGGACGGUUCACGAGAAGGAGGCAGAGUUCAGGGUGCUCAGGGUUCUCA